AUUGAAUUGAAAACAGCUUGGAAUUGCCAAAUCUAUGUGGGUUUGCUUUCAUGGGUCCUGAACUGUCCCGUGAGUGGGGUUUUGGGUUUAGCAUUUCCGUGAGGGUGAUGAUUUGGGAAGGGAAAGUUGGAAACUUUAGCAAGGAAAGGAAAAUAAUGGAGAUUAUAAUAGGGUUGUCAAAUCAAAUUCCAUUGUCAUUUAAGGGAAAACGGCGAGAAAAUGAGCCAAACAUCAACUUCAUGGUAGCACACAGGUUUGAGGUUUUCGGUGGUGAACAGAUUCAGGCGGGGAGGAGCGUACCAUUGGAGCUCAGACGGGUCGAGGUUUUUGGUUUUGUUUGAUCCUGUGUUUGAUUUGAGUGAAUUUAAUUAAGGGACGCUCAUUUCGUCAAUUUUGACGGGUUUGAUAUGCUGCUGUGGCUAGUUUUGAAUUCUGCGAUUUGAAAGAUUACUGCAGCUGCUGGGGAGGUAUAGAAGCCUUAGUAGGUUAUGGCGUUUUCGUUUCUAAUGAAUAGAAUACCCAUUUCAUCAAUUGAGGGGAUCUAUUACCACUCUCUAGUUUGGAUCCUGAGCCAUCUCUUUGCUUAGUAAUUGAUAAGCUGUAAUCUCUAAAUAAACCAAUUUUAAGUUUAGAUUUGUACCUGCUUAAGGGUACCCAGUUCCAUUAAUUUCAUGUUUGAUCUGUUGUUAUGUGUAGUUUUGGAAACUAAGAUCUCUCUUUAUUCAGUGUAUGACAAUUUGUAAUGGUAUGUCAUCCUGAGGUUGAAAUCCAGUUAGGCAUAUGUAAACUUUUGACAGUUUCUAGAUUGACAAGAGGAAAAAGGUAUUUACUUUGACAAUUUUGUAUUAGGGUCUUCAUACCCAUAAGCGUAGUAAUUCCACUUGUUAGGCUUCUAUAUGUGUCUCCAAAUUCCAUUUCAAGGAUAAUUCCCUUUUCAUGUUUUUAUUGUUUGAUUUAUAUCCCAUCUUAGGUCUAACUUUCUUUUUACCUUUACAUGUUGAUUUUUAUGUAUUAGUGUCCUUUUAGAGCGUACACUGAAAUGAAGAUGUUGAUAACUUGGAAUCUGGAUCUCUUGGAAUUUCUUGAACCAUGCUUGAUUUUAUUGAUGACUUCAUAUAAAGUAUGAUUCCUCCAAUGCUCCAAGGAAACACACCAACCUAUGUUUUGAAAGAAUGUAUGCUAGCAGUUGUGGAGGCAAUUCAAGACAGCAUUAGUGUUAAGGCAGACAAAAUUGUUUUUAU